AUGGCCCCGCCGGAAAGCAUGAGCGAGUACGGUACCAUGGACGACAGCACAUAUAUAAUGCCAUACGGUGAAUUCAUUGACCGCAACACUUGGAUGUUUGAUCCCGAUGCUCAGUACAACGAUCAACCCUAUACAGCAGCAGCCGCCGACGCCGCCGCCGACGUCAUGAAUCUUUACCACUGGCAGAUAGACAAUCCUACCCCUACUUUACCAACCAACGACUCUCCUCCAGUUGCAGACUACAGUGGCUGGUCAUUUCCUUACUUCAAGCUGCUUCAGCUCCCAAGCCCUGGACGAGCUAGCUUCCUGCGACCGGUCAACCCCUCCUCCCCGAUAAACCACACGGCUUUGACAUCUCCCUCUUCACGCGAUCAACCGUAUAGCAGCCACGGCUCAAGCGUUGCCCAUGCCGGUGACAGCAGAUACCCGACGCCGCCGCCGCCGCCGCCCCCAAAGAGGCGAAAAUACAACACUCACACCAACAAAAACGCUUUUUCACUUCCCUCUCGCCUAAUUUUUCUUGGCAUCUGCUGUGCUGAACUACCAGAACCCCUACGGCCGAAAACUCUUCACGUCUUUGCUCCGGAGCCCUUCCGCGAUGGCCUCACAGCCUCCGGCGGGCAUCGGACCGCUGCCGGCCUCACCGGCCGGCCCCGAUCGGGGCUCUGGGCAACCUCCAGAGCCAACCUCUCCAUCAAGGGCUAA